UGUUGUCUAUGAAUAUCAUACUCUAGUUGUGUUUGAGAAAAAACGUGAGCGAAGGGAAAGAGAUAGAGCUUUGAAAUUAAGCUUGUUUGUGGGCGGCUGGGCUGUUUUCAACAGAAAUUCUAUCAAAGCGUGGAUGAUGUCGGACACCAAGGAAGAUCCAGAUCUUUCCCCAUCGUCCGUGCCCAUCAACGCUUCAAAAAAAUUAAUCGCCUCAAAAGUUCAAGGUACUGUCAAAUGGUUUAAUGUAAAGAAUGGUUAUGGAUUUAUAAAUCGGAGUGAUACAAAAGAAGACAUAUUCGUUCAUCAAACUGCUAUAAAGAAAAAUAAUCCUAAGAAGAUUGUCAGGAGUGUUGGAGAUGGGGAGGUGGUAGAGUUUGACGUUGUUGUUGGCGAGAAGGGAAAUGAAGCUGCAAAUGUCACUGGACCAAAUGGCACUUCAGUCAAAGGCAGUCCAUAUGCUGCUGAUAGAAACCGUUACCGUGGGAGAUGGUUCCCUAGGAGACGAUAUGUACCGAGAACUCCUCGACAACAAAAUGAUGCAGGUGAGGACAGUCAAAGUCAAGAUCAUGCUGAUGAUGAACAUCAGCCCACACAAAGACCACCACGAAGGCCUUUGAGACGUCCAUUCUUUAGAAAAUAUUACAGAGGUCCUCCAAGAGGACCUCCUCGAAAUAUUGAUCAAGGUGGCAAUGAGGAUGAUCAAGACGAAAGGAAAAAUGAUGAUAGGAUUCCUAGAGGCGGUGGUGGUGGUGGACUAAGACGUGCGCCUAGGAAAUUUUAUCAACGAUACUUCAGGCGCAGGCCUCGCCGCCCGAGAAGUGACACUGAGGGAAGCCAAAGUGGGGUUGAAGGUGAUAAUGCUAAGGACAACGAAGCCGACGACGAAGACCAGCAGGCUCGGGUCUCUGGAUCCCGCCCGCGCCAGGCCUACAGACCGCGGAUGGACCGCCGCAGACCGCGCAGGGGCGGUCAUGCCCGGACCCGCUCGGACCGCAUGCCCAGGAAUGGCAGGGGGGAGGACGGAGACGAGGUGAAGCAGGAAGACUACGAGGCCAAGUAUGAGGUCAAGACCGAAGAUCCGGGGAGUGGCUACGAAAACGAUGCAGCCAAUGUCUCGUCUUCGAUGACGCCCUCGGGCGGGUCCGGAGAACCGUGCGAUUCGGCUCAGACGAACGAAGGCUAUUCAAAAGAGCAGUCGUCUGCUGAGCAGCCUGUUGUGAAAAUUGAAAAUACAUCUCCUGCAGAAGCCUCUACAAAUGAAGCAAUAGUUUCUGCCUAACAAACGGAGCCACACCAUUUUUUUGAGCUCUUGGAUGAGUCUUAAUAGACUGUUUGCUUAUCAUGUCAUUAACACCCUUGAGAUUUUGAAACUACCAACUUUGUAAUUGUUAAAAAGCUGUGAUUUGAAUGUAUUCGAACAGCCAAGGUAUAGUUUUUAUCAGAUAGCUGUUUGUGAAGUUAUGCCCUCAAUGGGUUGAUUUAAAAGAUGCUGAGUAGCCAAAUAACUUUGAAAAGUUUUAAUUUGAAUGCAGUUACUUGUUUAAAAAUAUUACCAUUUAUUCACAUUGAACACAAGUUUUUGACUGAACUAACAUCAUGGAUGUAACUUUGGCUCUUGUUUAUUACUCUAAUUUAUUUUUUAAAAUCUUGAAAGUAUAAAGUGUAGAAUUUGAUGAAUUUUAUUUUGACUGAAAGCAGACACUUUGUAUACUUGAAGAAGAAAAGUUUAUAAAAUGAAUUUGAAUAAAAUUCUUCAU